GUCCGACUGGGAUUCACAAAAAUACAGGUUUGCUUUGGGACACACCCCUGUUGGAUUUAAUACCUGCCCUGCUAGCGACAACUUUCAGCUAUGGAAUCGACGGUUGACGACGAGGCGAUGGCAGCAUAAAUGAAGAUCAAGUAAGCACGGCAGAACGAUGCCCAAGGGUGGGUGUUCUAAAACACCACAGUCAGAAGAUUUCUCUCUCAGCAACGACAUGGUGGAGAAACAAACGGGGAAAAAGGAUAAAGAUAAAGUUUCUCUAACCAAGACUCCAAAGUUGGACCGGAGUGAUGGCGGCAAAGAGGUGAAAGAGAGAGCUACCAAACGGAAGUUGCCUUUCACUGUUGGAACAAAUGGAGAUCAAAAAGACUCAGAUACAGAAAAGCAGGGUCCGGAGCGGAAGAGGAUUAAAAAGGAGCCUGCCACGAGGAAGCCCGGCUUGCUGUUCGGCAUGGGCCUUUCAGGGAUCCGGGCCGGGUACCCGCUCUCCGAGCGCCAGCAAGUCGCUCUUCUCAUGCAGAUGACAGCGGAGGAAUCUGCAAACAGCCCAGUUGACACGACACCAAAGCACCCCUCUCAGUCUGCCGUGUGUCAGAAGGGAACGCCCAACUCUGCCUCCAAAACCAAAGAUAAAGUCAACAAGAGGAACGAGCGUGGAGAGACGCGGCUGCACAGAGCCGCCAUCCGUGGGGAUGCCCGGCGCAUCAAGGAGCUCAUCAUCGAGGGCGCAGAUGUCAACGUGAAAGACUUUGCAGGCUGGACGGCAUUGCACGAGGCAUGUAACCGGGGUUACUACGACGUUGCAAAGCAGUUGCUUGCUGCCGGCGCCGAAGUCAACACCAAGGGGUUGGAUGACGACACGCCGCUGCACGACGCGGCUAAUAACGGGCACUUCAAGGUGGUGAAAUUGUUGUUGCAUUAUGGAGGGAACCCUCAUCAGAGCAACCGCAAAGGAGAGACGCCUCUAAAAGUCGCCAACUCCCCCUCCAUGGUGAAUCUGCUGCUUGGAAAGACCACCUACGCCUCCAGCGAAGAGAGCUCCACAGAGAGCUCCGAGGAGGAGGAUGCCCCUUCCUUUGCACCAUCCAGCUCCGUAGACGGCAAUAACACAGACUCCGAAUUUGAAAAAGGCUUGAAGCACAAGACCAAGAGCCAAGAGCCCCCCAAAACCAUCACGCCGGUCAAGGACGAGUAUGAGUUUGACGAGGAUGACGAGCAGGACCGAGUCCCGCCUGUGGACGACAAGCAUUUGCUGAAAAAGGAUUACAGGAAAGAGACUAAAACCAACAGUUUUAUUUCCAUUCCCAAAAUGGAGGUAAAAACCUAUACAAAAAAUAACACGAUCACACCAAAGAAAGCCGCCCACCGCAUCCUCUCGGACACGUCGGACGAAGAAGACACCAGCGUGGCCGUGGGGUCUGGAGAGAAGCUGCGGCUCUCAACGCACACGAUACUGCCCAGCAGCAAGAUUCGGGAGCCGCCCAACACCAAGCAGCAGAAAGAGAAGAGCAAGGUGAAGAAGAAGCGGAAGAAGGAGACAAAGAGCAAAGAGGUUCGGUUCGGCAAAAAAAAUGACAAGUUUUGCUCCUCUGAAUCAGAGAGCGAGAACGUAGAGAGCGAGGAGGAUGACAGAGACUCUGUGCAAAGCUCUAGCUGUGUAAAGGACUCUAGGCUAGUGCUAAAGGAGUCCUCCUUGUUCAACUCUCUCUCUGCCUCUUCCACCUCCUCUCAUGGGAGUUUAGCUUCACAGAAACAUAACCCUAACCUGACAGAACACUCCAAGCACUGGAGGACGGACAAUUGGAAAACCAUCUCUUCUCCGGCUUGGUCAGAUGUCUCUUCCUUGUCAGACUCCACAAGGACGAGACUGACAAGCGAGUCGGACUACACGUCCGAGGACUCCAGCUUAGAGUCGUUAAAACCCGUGAGAAAGAAACAGGACCACAAAAAGAAAAAUAACCCCCACAAUGCGGUCUUGGAGAAGAAGAAUUCAUUCCAUCCCAGCGUGGAUGGAGCGAUUCCAAAGCUGGACAAGGAGGGGAAGGUCGUUAAAAAACAUAAAACAAAGCAUAAACACAAAAACAAAGAGAAGGGGCAGUGUCAGCUCAACCAGGACAUUAAAAUCAUCAAAACUUUUUCUUUCGAAUAUGAGGACUCGAAGCAAAAGCCCGACAAGGGAUUGCUUGUAGAGACUGAAAACACAGUGGAAAAUAAAUUAAAAGUGUUAAAGCAUGAAAGAGAACACUUCAAGAAGGAUGAGAAGCUCCCCAAGGGGAAAUCGGAGGAGAAGGAGUGGUUGUUUAAAGAUGAGUCUGGAAAAGCCUCCAAAGAAGAGAAAUCAUUCAAAAAAGUCAAAGAGGGGAGUAAAGACCUUGGUAAAUCUUUCAGAGAGGAGAAGUCAAGUAAAUCGGAAAAAGAGAAACCUAUAAAGGAGAAAUCUCCCAAAGAGGAGAAGCCUCGAAUACAUAAGGAGGAGAGAAAGAAGAAGUCAAAGGACAAACAGUCGAAAUCUGAAAAGAAAAACGAUCUCAAAGAGGAGAAAAUUGCGAAGCUGGAGAAAGAAAAAACUUUCAAAGAGGAGAAAGAGAAAUGUAAAAAAGAGAAAGUUUACAGAGAGGAGCCUGGAUUUGAUGAGUUCAAUAACAAAAACCAGUUUCCAGAAAGCGAGGACACAAAGUUCAGCCUUUCUGAUGAUCAGCAAGAGAGAUGGUUUUCCGACUUGUCGUCUGAUUCCUCCUUUGAUUUCAAAGGGGAGGAUAGCUGGGACUCUCUCGUAACAGAAUUCAGGGAGAUGAAAAACGACACCGUGGCCAAAAUAAUCUUGGAAACGGCAAAGGAGGAAAGUAAAGAGAAGAAAAAGGAGAACAAAACGAAAGAAAAGAAAGACUACAACGAAAAGCGCAAUGAGAAAGACACUUUCCUAAAAAAGAAAGAGCGAGAAUACGUGGAAAAAAAUCCUGAGAAGAAAAAGGACCAAACUGAAAAGCAUAAAGUAACUCCUGGUUACCUGCUGGAGAAGGAGAAGAAAAGGAAGGAUUCUGCCGAAAGUGUAAAAGAGAGGAAGGAGAAGGAUGCAGGUGACACCAACAAAGAGAGAAAGGAUUCUGCCGACAGCUCGAAAGAUCGAAAGGAAGUUAAAAUUAAGCAAGAGGAGCCUUAUCGAGAUGAGUUUAAAGACUAUGGUUGUGACACAUUCUUCAAAGACAAAUCUGACCCUGAAUUCAGUGGGAAAAAUGCAGAGAGCUGGGAAAGGCAUCAUCCAGGCAAGGAAAAGGAGAAGAAAGAUGCUCCUGAAAAAGACAAGAAGGAGAAAGUGAAGCCCGAAAAAUACAAAGAGAAAUCCAAAGAAGCCGACAAAGAGAAGAAUGAAAAAGCAGUUGCGGAGAAGAACCAGAAAGACAAAGAACUGGAUAAGAGUUUUAAAGAGAAAAAAGACACCAAGGAGAAAUACAAGGAUCUGCAUAACAAAGACAAGGAAAGGAAGACUUCCUUCGACCAGAUGAAAGACAAGAAAGAGAAAAACUUCUCCGCAGAAAGAGAGGACUUCCCUGAGAAAAAAGAUGAGAAAAAAGGCAAAGAAAAGAGCUGGUACAGCAUCGCCGAUAUCUUCACAGAUGAAAGCGAAGAUGAGAAGGAUGAUUACAGCUUGAAUGCCUUCAAAAUCGGAGAGCCCGUCGGGAGCGAACUGCACCGGAUGGAUGGCUUGCAAGAGAAAGAUGAUGGCACAGCUGCCGAAAAGGAGCUUUAUCUCGCCGACAGGCACCGCAAGUACUCCUCAGAUAGGCAGCAUUUGGGAGAGAAACAGAAAGACAAAGACUCGAAAGAAAAGAAGAAGGACAAAGGAUCGGCGGAAGGCGGGAAGGACAAAAAAGAGAAGAACUCCUUUGAAAAACACAAAGACAAGAAGGAUAAAGAUGCCGGUGAGAAGUAUAAGGACAGGAAAGACAGGACCUCGGUAGACUCCACCCAGGAAAAGAAGAACAAGCAAAAGAUCCCGGAAAAGGCGGAGAAGAAGCAUGCCAGUGAGGACAAGGUGAAGAACAAGCACAAGGACAAGGUGGACAAAGAGCACGCCAAAGAGAAGAAGUCCUCAAAGGGAGGAGAGCCAGAGAAGAGCCUGCUGGAGAAACUGGAGCAGGAGGCGCUGAACGAGUAUCGGGAUGACUCCAAUGAUAAAAUAAGUGAAAUUUCUUCGGAUAGCUUCACAGAUAAAGGGCAAGACCCAAGCCUCACCAGCCUCUUUGAGUCAUCCAAUCUUUCCCUGACGGACGCUUCAGAGGAAAAGUUUAAGGAUUCCCUUCCUUUACCCUGCUUGCAAGACAAACUCAAGGAGAAGGAGAGGCACAGGCACUCCUCGUCUUCGUCCAAGAAGAGUCACGAGAAGGAGAAAGGAAAGAAGGAAAAAACAGAGAAAAAAGAAAAAGCGGAUGAGUUUAAAGACACGGGGGGCAGAAAAGAUUCUGCUCAGUAUGAAAAAGACUUCUCGGUGGAUGGGGAAGCUUUCGGCAUUUCCUACAAUAUGAAAGCAGAGGCUGACGAAGAACCAGACAAAAGCAUGGACUACUUAUUUCCUGAAAAGAAGGAUAAGAACGAUGCCGAGAGAGAGCUGUCCAAGAAGUUGGAGAAGGAAAAGGCGUAUGGUUCGAGCACCGUCAGCUCAGCCAAAGAGAAGAAGAAGAGAGAGAAACACAAGGAGAAGUGGAAGGAAGAAAAGGAAAAGCACAGAGACAAGCAUGCGGACGGAUUCUUCAAGCACCACAAAGAGGACCCGAAGUCCGCCACUAAGGACAAGGACAGCCCGCAAGUUGCCACUUUCAAAGAGAAAUCGAAGGAGGAGAGCCUGAAAUUUGGCGAAACCAAACUGAAGGAGAAGCUCAAGGAGAGCCAGGAGAAGGACAAAGCAGAGUCUCUGAAGAUGAGUAACGGAAAUGACAAAAUCACCUUGUCCAAAGACGGAGUCAAGAAAGAUAACAGGCCUAGGGAGAAGCUUCUGGUGGACGGGGACCUGAUGAUGACGAGCUUCGAGAGGAUGCUGAGUCAGAAGGACCUGGAGAUCGAGGAACGCCACAAAAGGCACAAAGAGCGAAUGAAGCAGAUGGAGAAGAUGAGGCACAGAAGUGGGGACCCCAAGUUAAAAGACAAGAUCAAAACCUCUGAAGACAUGCGGAAGAAGAGCCUGGAUUUGACCACCAAGAAACCCCUCGUGCUUGAUACUCAGCUGAAGGACAAAAAGCUCAAGGAGUUAGGCCCGCUGGCUCCCAUCUUGUCCCCAGACAACAAGGCGCAGCCUGCCGUGGGGACGGACUCCAAAGACUGGAUCGCUGGCCCCCAGCUGAAGGAGGUCUUACCCGCGUCCCCCCGGCCGGAUCAGAACCGGCCGACCGGCGUGCCCACGCCUGCCUCCGUGGUCUCUUGCCCGAGCUAUGAAGAAGUGAUGCAGACGCCAAGAACUCCCUCCUGCAGCAAUGAGGAUUACACGGACCUGAUGUUCGAUUGUGCCGACCCCCAGCACCCGUUGCCCAUAUCCACCAUGUCCAUGAACGCGUGCUCUCCCUCCUUCUUCGACCGCUACGCGAACGCUUCGAGCGGACUCCCCGAGAAUCCAAGCCAGACUCCAACCAGGACUGUGCCCUCCACCAACCUUUACCGCUCCAUCUCCGUUGACAUAAGGAGAGCCCCCGAGGAAGAGUUCAGCGUCGGAGACAAGUUUUUCAGGCAGCAGAGUGUCCCAGCAACGUCAAAUUUUGACUCCCCGGUGCAGCACCUGAUGGACGAAAAGGUCCCUCUUCCUUCUAUUUCAGCAGAAAAGUUCCAGUGUUUGUCUCCGGGGUAUUACUCCCCUGACUACGGGGUCCCAUCCCCAAAAGUAGAGGCUUUGCAUUGCGCGCCAGGAGCGGUGAGCCAUGUCAGCCAGUCCCCCGAAAGCGUCUUUUCUGGUUUGCAAGCCAAAUCCUCCCCGUCUCACAGAGAUGAGUUGCUGGCACCCUCUGUGGAAAGUGCCCUUCCUCCUGACCUGGGCAUGCCUUUGGGUACCACCGAAGAGCAGCAGGCCACUGCUUCCAUCAUGCCCCCCGAAUCUACCUUUUUGCCUCCGAUCGAGGAGAACCACUUCAGUUCGGGUAUUUCAGAGCAGAACAAUCUGGACUGGGACAACCCUCCUCCUGCCAGGAACCCCGAGCCCCCCAUUCCUCCCACCUUGAUGGGCAACCCUCCCGACCACCCUGUCAGCUGGUCAGUGGGAUCGGAGCUGCUGAUGAAGUCUCCCCAGAGGUUCCCCGAGUCUCCCAAGCCUUUCUGCACGCUGGAGCCGAUUCACUCUGCGCCGGUGCCCUUUAUCACUGCAGAGUCCCCAUACCCAGUGUCUCCCAUCUCGUACCCGCUGUCGGUAUCUGAACCAGGGCUCGAAGAGGUAAAGGAAGAUGCGGAAGAAGCCAUUCCCGGAGAAAUGGCAGCGGCAGAAGAGGCAGCGCCCUACAUGUCCCCAACUCGAUUAGACACGUUCUUCAGUAACUGCAAGCCUCCUCCAGAAGAGACCCCGGAGAUGCCUGCGGAGCGCCUGUGCUUGCCCGCGGAAACGCAGGCGGAGGCCGUCGGCAUCCUGGAGAACAGUUACUUGGAGAGCAAUCCCGUGGCCCCCAUGAGCACAGAGGAGCCGGUGACGUGGCCUGAUCCAUUCACCAAUUCGGAAGAUGAUUUGGACCUCGGUCCCUUUACCCUGCCAGAGCUGCCGCUUCAGGCCAAAGAGGUUCCGGAGCCCGAAAUGGCUGAUGCGGAGCCGGUCGAGGAGAGUGCCGCCACCGGUCCAGAAACCGUCAGUUCUGGGGUCGUCAGCCUGGGAGCGGCUCCUGGCGAGCAGGACGAGCUGCCCCUGAAGCAGACGACGAAUUUGUUGGCGGUGGAACCAGAGCCGCAGCUGGAAGAGCAAAAACCUGAAGUCGCAGCCCCGGAGGCCGUGAUGGAGGCAUCGAAUGUCCCCGAGGAGAAGAGGCUGGAAGAAUCGGAGGCCCCGAGUUUCCAGCAAGCAGCCUCGGCGGAGCCGGCCCAGCUAGAAAACAAAGAGGCAGACGUGAGUCGCGAGGAGCUGCCCUCCUCAAACUGUGCGGCGGAAGCUGGCUCCCAAAGCAGCUCGGCCCCGGUGCCCGCCGCUGACAGUGGAGCCACUCAAGACAGUGCCGCGUUGCGCAGUGCCGCCCAAGCCUCUUCCACCCCAGCAGACAUCCCCCAGCCAGAACCCGCCGAACCCGUGCAGAAACCCGUCGCAGAAGCCCCGAAGCCCCCCAAAAUUGAAGAGAUCCCCCAGCGAAUCACCAGGAACCGGGCGCAGAUGCUGGCCAACCAGAAUAAGCAGAACGCCGCGGCGUCGGAGAAAGAGUUUGCCCCCGUUUCGGCGCCAGCCACGCGGGCCAAGGGGCGCAUUGUGGAGGAGGAGGACGCUCAGGCCCAGCACCCACGCAAGCGCCGGUUCCAGCGCUCCAACCAGCAGCUGCAGCAACAGAUCAACACGUCCACCCAGCAGACGCGGGAGGUGAUCCAGCAGACGCUGGCCGCCAUCGUCGACGCCAUCAAGCUGGAUGACAUUGAGCCCUACCACAGUGACCGGUCAAACCCCUACUUCGAGUAUCUUCAGAUCCGGAAGAAGAUUGAGGAGAAGCGGAAAAUCCUCUGCUACAUCACGCCCCAGGCCCCGCAGUGUUACGCUGAGUACGUCACCUACACCGGCUCCUACCUCCUGGACGGCAAACCUCUCAGCAAGCUCCACAUUCCCGUGAUCGCCCCGCCACCGUCGCUGGCAGAGCCGCUGAAGGAGCUCUUCAAGCAGCAGGAAGCAGUGAGGGGGAAGCUGCGACUCCAGCACAGCAUAGAGAGGGAGAAGCUGAUUGUGUCGUGUGAACAGGAGAUCCUAAGGGUUCACUGUCGGGCAGCGAGAACCAUUGCCAACCAGGCGGUGCCCUUCAGUGCCUGCACCAUGCUGCUCGACUCGGAGGUCUACAACAUGCCUCUAGAAAAUCAGGGAGAUGAAAACAAAUCCGUCAGGGACCGUUUCAACGCCCGGCAGUUCAUUUCCUGGCUACAGGACGUGGAUGACAAAUACGACCGGAUGAAGACGUGUCUGCUCAUGCGGCAGCAACACGAAGCCGCCGCCCUGAACGCGGUGCAGAGGAUGGAGUGGCAGCUGAAGGUGCAGGAGCUGGACCCUGCGGGACACAAGUCCCUGUGCGUGAACGAGGUGCCCUCGUUCUAUGUGCCAAUGGUGGAUGUGAACGACGACUUUAUGCUCUUGCCGGCAUGACGGUACCCACCCGGGAGGCACUCUCGCUGGAAACCAGCACGGACAGGAGCCCUCCGAGGACAGACGCUGGAGCUCACGUUCAUCCUUCCCACUUGCUGAUGAAUCCCUGGUCAGAGAAAGAGGAAGCAUCUCCCGGCAGAACACACACCAAUACGACUACAAUUGCACUUUCUUCACCACGUCUCCCUCGCUUCUGGCCGGAGCGCAGCGGUGCCCAGCGGCGGGGCGGGGGACGCCUCUCCUUUCAAACCGGUCACCGCCGCAGGGGUUGGCCAGCCCGCCCGGCAUCUGAAUGGACGCGGGGAGAGAGACUGCCGGAGCCAGCGGGGAGGCUGGGUUCGAGGGCGCUCCACGCGCAAGGCAGAAGCUGCUGAGCGGGGCCGGCGGCCGGGGGGUUCAUGGACGCCCGAGCGCGGCGAUUUCACGCUCUGGAUCCCCCGCCGGCCCGCACGCCUCCCUGCCGAGAAGCGCAGCAGGGAGCAGCAGGGGUCCGGUUUCUCCUCCCAUCCGGCGGCGCUGGGAACUGCAAACCGAAAGCAAAGCUAGUGUCCGGCUUGGGCAGACGUGGCUCUGGAGGUGGGAACCGCCACAGCCCCAGGACAUGCCCCGAGGUCACCACCACAUCUGGAGCAGCACCGGGGCCGUCAGUGGGAGCGCGGGACAGGCGUGGUGAGUGUCUGGGGCGGCCGCGGCGCCGCCGAGCACGGACGUUGCCGAUUGUGUUUUUAAUGGAGUAAAAUCCAUGUGGUUUAUAUAUAUUUUUUUUCCUUUAAUCUUGGGCAUUUCGUUUCUCUUUCUGAGAACAUAACUUGAAAACACUACAGAGCCAAUACUCAUAUAAAUUGUAUCCCAUAAAUGCUGUACAGUUUUUAUAUACAUUAACAAUGUACUUUUGCUGCCUUCUAGAUAAUUUAUUUUGCAACACAUUACUGCACAGUUGUAAAUAACUUAUGUACUGUAACAUCACUCUCAGUUAUGUGUAAAGAAAUAAAUUAAUUAAAAUUA